AUGGGGGAUGUUGAUAAGUGGAUUGAGAUUGUGAUGGAGUGCAAAUAUUUGCCAGAAAACGAAUUGAAAAAACUCUGUGAUAUGGUCUGUGACAUACUAUUGGAGGAAACAAACAUACAGCCAGUGAGCACGCCCGUCACCGUCUGUGGCGACAUACACGGGCAGUUCUACGAUCUGGAGCAACUGUUCCGAACUGGUGGUCAGGUGCCUGACACCAAUUACAUAUUCAUGGGCGACUUUGUGGAUCGCGGCUACUACAGUCUGGAGACAUUCACCCGUCUGCUGACCCUAAAGGCUCGCUACCCAAAUCGAAUCACGCUGCUGCGCGGCAACCACGAGUCUAGACAAAUAACAAAGGUCUACGGCUUCUUCGAUGAGUGCUUCAGCAAGUAUGGCAAUGCGAAUGGUUGGAAAUACUGCUGUAAAGUUUUCGAUCUGCUGACAAUUGCUGCAAUCAUUGAUGAGGAGGUGCUAUGCGUGCACGGCGGCCUCAGCCCUGAGAUUAUUACUUUAGAUCAAAUACGCACAAUCGAACGCAAUGGCGAGAUACCCUACAAGGGUGCCUUCUGUGAUCUAGUCUGGUCCGAUCCCGAGGAUAUGGAAUACUGGGGACAGAGUCCACGUGGAGCUGGCUGGCUAUUCGGCCAUAAUGUGACCAAAGAUUUUAUGACCAUCAAUAAUCUGGAUCUGAUAUGUCGUGCCCACCAGCUGGUUAACGAAGGCAUGAAAUACAUGUUCGAUGGCAAACUGGUGACGGUUUGGUCAGCGCCCAACUAUUGCUAUCGGUGCGGAAAUGUGGCGGCUAUACUCAGCUUCGACACUGCGAAACAAAGGCAGACUAAAACGUUUCUGGCUGUGCCCGAUUCGGAGCGCGUUAUACCCAAACAGAAUACGACACCGUAUUUUCUGUAAUUUGCCAUCCAACUCCAUCCAUCGUUCAGAUCAGCCAGCCAGCCAACCAGCCAGCGAGCCAGGCAGGCAGCACGUUAGCUAGCCAGCCAGUAAGCCAGCAAACACGUUAAGUUUGUAGUAUUCUUCAGGUAUUUGGUAGGUUUUGGAUUUGGCUGCCUGUGCCUGUACUGCGCCGAGAAACCAAUUGGAACUCAUACUGAAGAGCCCCAAUCGACUGAGCAACAACCGUUCCAACCAAGCCAUCACCCUCCUCAAUAGAUGCUUACACUUUAAACAACAUUUAUGCGAGGCUCAAGAGGGCAAUCCUCAAACUUAAGUAUUCCAAGCUAUGAGGACUCACAAUGCUCAGGAGCUUCGCCUAUAAAUGUAAACACACACACAGAUUGUUAAACUUUAACUUACAGUCCGACAGACAGACAGAGACAGAUACAUAUCUAUAAAUAAGCUUCUUUUGUAAUUUGCUCAAAAAAAAACAAGAAAAAAGAUUUGUUCAACUUUGUUGUUUGUGCUCGGUAAAAAAAUGAAGAAACGAACCUUGUAUUUACUAUAGACAUUAUUACUAUUAUGCAUGCCUUAAUUAUUCAAUAUCAGUACUAUUAUUUAUUUGUGAGAAUCGAUGAGAUGAUAGUUUGUACAUUUUGUAAUUAAAUCAAUGAUGUGUGGCACAAAACGAAACAAAGUUUCCCGAUCAAACAAACAGAAACUAAAAACAAUAAUAAUAAGAAACGACAUCUGUAAAA